AUGGUGGCACAGCUCCAGGCUUUCUUGGAAGACACUAACAUCCUCGAUCCCUUCCAGUCUGGCUUUUGCCCUGCUCAUAGGACGGAGACGAUGUUGGUCACCUUAGUGGAUGAGCUCCUGAGACAUCUGGAUCGAGGCGGAUCGGUGCUGCUGAUUCUUUUUGAUCUAUCACUAGUGUUCAGUAUAGUUGACCAUAAGCUGCUGACCCACCGCUUCGUCGAUAGCUUCGCGGAGCGGCUGCUGCUCCCCGACGGCGGCGGCGGCGGCGGAGCAGCCCCGACGAUGCCCGGCGAGACCCCGCGGAGGAGCAGCGGCAGCAGCGGCAGCAGCACCUACUUCCGACGGGUCAGCCCGGCGUGGAUGCUGCUGGUGGCGGCCGGCCUGACCUACGUCGGCUGGGCCGUCUUUUCACCGGCAACCAUCCCCUAUGACUCCCUGGGACCCCUAGGCACCUUCACAAGAUGCUUGGUGGAGAAUCACAAAGCCUUGCUGAACGUUGGGUAUGCCGUUGCUUGGAUAGUUCACGUCGCUGAAACAAUUUAUGCUCUGAAGUUGUGCCGGGACAAGGGCAUCACAGAUCCGUCAACCCAGUUCUGGUGGGCCGCCCAAACUUUCUUGGUUGGGGUUGCUUCCCUGAUCCACUUGCUGAAUUACGACCCGCUGAAGGAAACGAAACGCCAGUGAAGGACUCGGCUGGGAGAAGAACUGGGAAAUACAGUCAUGGUUCCUCUGGGUGUCGUUGUCUGUCUGAGGGCGGAGGUGUUGCGAAAUGCGUACGUUCUUGGGAAAGUUCCCCAUCUUCUAAAGGUGUGUCUUGAGUUUGCAACUCUAGGGGAAGUGAAUGUAAGACAGAACCUCUGUGCCUGAUUGUGUUUGCCCAGGCCAAUUUGAGAAAACACACAAAAGCAGU